CAUUCCACUUUCUCUUGUUAUGUCCGACUUCGGGUUCACAGUGGAGAACCGACUGUUGUAUUUCCUCACUGAAAUGAGAAGUUAAUAUUUGAAGAUUCCUUUCAAAUAAUGUUCAGAUAGAUUUUUGUGAUAAUGGGUUCUGGAUCUAGCAAGGCUAAUAACCAACUUACGCUACACGGUAAAGGCACAAACGGUCCCAACUCUGUUGCUAAUGUAAAUAAUGGCGAGUCAACGGGUUGGCCGCAGCGUAAUGUGAGUGACAAUGACAGAAAGGCGGAUGAAAGAGGGACGUCCACCGUAUUGGGUGACAAAGAUACAAACAUUGACUACAAUAAGGAUGGUUUUGGACGCUCAAGUCCAUUAAAGCCAAUUGAGCCGAAUAAAAAGGACAAAGAGAAAAAGAGUAAGGAAAAAAAUAAAGAUAAAGGUAAUGGAAGUGCAUUGCAAAGCAACAGAAAUAGUCGGUCGAAUGUCAGUGCUUUGGUGUUCGAAGGUGAUUCAGACUUCGAUGAUGAUAUUGAUGAGGUAUUAAAGAUUCCUGUUGCAGCAGAUACUUCAAAACACAAGGACAAAGAAAAGAAAAACAAAAAGAAAGAGAAAUUGAACAAUGAUGAAAAUAAUUUUGACCAGAGGUAUGACAAUGGAAAAAUCACUUCAAGGGACGAGGAUGAACCUUUGCCUGAGACGUAUGCUCAAAGGCUUCAGAGAAAACAGUAUAAACUCCAACAAGACAUGCUUUUACGGGAAAAAACUAUCAUGCGGAGUUCUCAAGAAUGGGAUCGAAACGACGAUGAUGUAGGCCUUCAAAUGGAAGUCGAUUCACCUCAAGGAGGAUUUGAUCCUUCCAAGUUCCGUGCUGCCAAUAAGGGACAUGAUACAAAGAAAGAAUUAUUCACUACUGUUCCUGAUGAUCUGCAGACUCCAAGAUACCUCCAGACCAGUGGGCAGGAUCUGGACGAAGUGGAGGUGGACAAGAGAGGAGUCUCCCCGAGCAAACAACUUCCACGCUACAACCAGUCAGAACUGGAUCUGAUGGAGCAGUUGGAACAAGAAAUUUUAUGAUGAUGCCUCUGAGGUCGCAGGUCACAAAUGCGUGCAUACAGAAUCUUGCAGCUUAAGACAGAGUUUGUGAGUUUGGCCUAUCUUCAACUUGAUCUGGAAAUUGACGACGUGAUUUGGAUUUCUUAUUGAAGACUUUAUAAUUUAUUUCGGUCACUUCAAUUGACACCUAUAGAGACCUCAGGCUGCAGUGCUCCUGGUGUUGUGUGAACUCUUUGCGUAAUUGUUCCAUCUUAUGAUAUAUUGUAAGCUCAAGUUUUGAAUCAGAUGGAAGCAAUCUCAACCAAUUGUUUAUUUUUUCCCGAGGCAUAAAAAAUAGAUAAAAGUAUUUUCAUGACACCGCGAGGUUUCUCAGAAGUCUUUUCAUUUUUUGAAAACUGACCUGAAAUUCGGAAAUGUAGGGCGUAGCGUUUUGUGAUAUGUCACAUUCCAUGUUCAAUUAUUCUUGUUUCCCAAUAUUUUUUGUAUUCAUUAACGGAAAGUUUUACGUUUUUAUUAUUUAGAUGUAUCUCAGCCUUAAAGUGUGAAGUCAUUUUUUUAGUUCUUUAUAUCAUUUGUGUGUGGAUGAGUAGAAUAAGGAAAUAAGGGCAAAGAGGGGGGAUCUAGCUAUGCUGACAUUUUUUGUGUGAUGUUCGUGUUGUCAACUAAAAUGGUAAAGCAGUGCCCAUUUAAAGCAAGGAAAAAGCUAUACAUUCUAGAUGCGUGUGUGAGAAAGAGGGAAAGAGUGAGAUUGGGUACACUGGAAAAGGGGAGAGUAUGUGUACAGUGUUUGUAGAACUGUGUAACUUAACUCUUCGAUCACCUUCUUAAAAAUAUGUCGAUGAACAUGUUAAGUUUAGAAAUAGACAGUGUAGAUUUGUAAGCUGCACAGAUUUCUCUUCUAAUCUCUAUUUGGAUUGAAGCCACAGUUUUUUCUAUAUCGGCAUAAAAGAGUUGAAGUUUAAAUGGUUUGAUUUAAUUUUUUUUAGAUUUCUAUGUUUCGUAAAAAAUCUAAAGGAAAAUGGUCAGAGAAAUCAGAAUACCUGGUCAGCCGAGGUCGUGCCAGUGGAGUGCCGUGUGUAACUACUCAUCUGUCAUCAAUGCUUCCCACAUUUUCUGUCUUGGCUGCAUGUGGUGAUAUUCAUUGUAUGAAAAUGCUUGUUGAAUUUUUUAAAUAGUUUAUUAUAUUUGAAAUUUAUUUAUCACCUGACUUUGUUUUAGAUUGGACUUUUGACUGACGAGUGGACACCGGACUUAGAGUAGAAGAUUCCAGGAAGGCUUAGGGAAAUUUAGUUCCGCCUCAAAUGUGAAGCUGGAAUUUAUGCCUAUAUUGAUGAUACCCUUAUUCAACUGUGCCAUUGUUGCAGAUGAAUGGGAAUUUUUGUUGAUUGUUGUAUGUUAGAUGACAUUACUAUAGUGCCUUCUUUGUUUUCUCCCCUGUAUGUUUCAAGGUUUGUUAUAUAUGGAUUGAUUUUGAGCCCGCAGUGCCUGUUUUUUCUUUUUUCAAUAUGUAGAUUUAGGGUUUGAAUUAUUGCUUGAGUCUAAGUUGACUGGCUUUUUUCAUCAAAAAUUGUAUUGAUUUUGUCAAUAUUGUUAGAUAUAUAGGAGUAGCAUUGUUACACAUGCUCCAGCCUUGUCACACUGGAUGAGAUAGAUUUAAGGGUUUUGGCUUCAUUUGCCUUUGCUUUCUCCCAGUGAACACAAGCACAUGCCUGAGCGUACUGUACUUUUACAUCUGUGCACUGAGCGCAUGCGUCAGUUUGCAGUGGUGUGAAUCAAGAAGUAGGCCCACGGGAGCUUAGGUGCAUGGGUCUUAUAAGGCUUAGGGAGGGCAGGGCUUAAAGUCAAAGGGUUAAAGUGAAGGUUAGAGCUCAGGGUGAAAGGGUUAAUGUGGAGGACUGGACUCAGAGGGUUAAAAUGGUGGCCUGGGCUCAAAGGGUUAAAGUGAAGGAUAGGGCUUGGAGUCCAAUGGUGAAAGUGAGCCCUGCUCAAUGUUAAAGGGUUAGCAUAGAGGCCUGGCUCAAACUCAAGAGGUUAGAAUGGAGGCAGGGGCUCAGAGGGUUACAGUUUGGACUAAGGUUCUGAGGGGCCAGUGUUUAAAGUGUUUAAGUGGAGACAACUGGCUAGACGAUUCUGGUGUUUCAGCACUAGACGUUGAUCCAGUUGUCUCCCUUUUGGUUCAAGGUCAUGUUGUUGUGCAAUGUGUGUAGAGCAGCAGGCACUGCGGGGCUGACCUAUUUCUCUAUACCUCACUGCAGUGACUUUUGGACUAUAUGGCAUUUAUCCGGAUCCAUCCAAACGCAUAAUCUUGUGUAACCUGCCCAUCUGUUGUUCACCCACAUUUUUAGCUCACUGUUUGAUUCGUGUGCAUAAUUUGCAAGUGGUUUUUCCCCUUUGUUAACAUUUUUGUGAUGGUAUUGUGUUGUGGUAUAUAUUAUAUAUAUAUAUAUAUAUAUAUUGCGAUCAAAGUUAUUUCAUUGGCAUAAUUUGUCUGAGAUGGUAAAUGUAAUAAUGCUCUAGAGAUAUUAGGUUCUUGAUCCGUUCUUGUUAGUAUUUGUCUGUUUGUUAGAAUGGUGUGUCAUACCAUUCUGCUCAUGUAACCUGACUGUAAGAGUCAAGCCAUCUGUCUUUGUAUUUCCACUUCACAGUUUGUUUGGGGGGUUUUCUCACUGUGGUAAAUGUAUCAUUUCUUAAACCGUUGACUCAUAAAAUGUAUCAUUUCUUAAACCGUUGACUCAUUCAUAAGACUAUUCACCCCCCACCCCCAACCCCCCAAAAAAACAAAAACAAACCCACCACCAUUCUGUGUUGUGGUGGUAAAAGGGUGAAGGACAUGAGCCCUGGAGGUAGGCCUACAAGAAAAAAGCAUAAUAUUUGCUAUUUCGUAUAUGCUCUGAGAGUAUUUUUACACAGAAAGAGAUAUUUUUAACUGCCAUCAAGCUGGUAUUUUGAUAGAAGAUUUGGUAUCUUCUCCAACAGAAGUACACAGAGAGCAGCGCUGAUGCUGAACGGUCGUUCAUUGUUACUUUCAGUCUUCACAUGUUACAUUUUCACCAAUGAAAUGGAUGAAUGAACGUUGUCAUGUCUAAUUUUUUUGUAACUAACUCAAUGUCAAUAAUUUUCAGUGAUGAAAAUCAGUCUCUUGACUCAUAUUAUAUUUUUACUGUGUAUAUUUUUUAUGGUUGGACAUAUUUCUUUUUUAAGAAUAGAAUCAAAGAUUGGAUAACUUCGUCGGUUGUGAAACUAUAUUUAAGUAGAAAUUUAAUUGUGUUCUUGCUAUUGUAUUUACCAGCCAUGACAGACAAAUUAGAAAUGUCUAUGGUAAAUUGUACUGUCUCAUGCAAAGGAUCAAAUCUGGACUUAAAGCAGCUGUGAUAUACACUUGAAAAGGACAUGUUUUUUUUUCCUUUUCCUGAUUUCAAAAAUGUUAUUUAUUUUUCAUUCAUUAUACGUAUUUAGUAGUAUAAGAUUAUUUUGGAAUUUCUUUUGGUGUAAUUUAUACCUUUGCUUUUAUUUUUAUGUCAUGAUUUUGUGUGUGAAUACUUUUUCAUAAUCUCCAUAGUUUUACUUCCUUCCAAUUUUGUUUAUUAAUAUACUAGUCCUAAUUUUUGUGUGUGUUGAGCUUAGUCUGCAGUUUAUUAGUAUACCGUAUCCCUGGACAAGAACAUAAUAAUGUUUGAUAAUGUUCUAAUUUAAUUGAUUUCACCUUAAAUGUAUUCAGGAUAAUUUUAUUGAGUUUCUUACCUAGUAACAAUUUAUGAGUGGAUGUUCAUGUUCUUAGGUGAACUGAACGAAAUAGAAAUGUUUCUAUGAUUUAUGUACUAUGGCAUGGUGAUCUCAAAAAGUGCAGAUGCCACAGAAUGCAACAUCUCAUGUAAAAAAUGAUAUGUAAAUCAGAUCAACAGCUUUAAGUACCUUAGCUGCACAAUUGCACUAGUUGCAAAAAGUGAAACAGAGAUAAAACAGAGAAUUGCCAUAAUCUAAAGAAAUUUUCAGCAAGAUGAAAUCUGUCCUCUCAAACAGAAACAUAACAGUGAGCGCAAAAGCACAAAGAUAAGAACUAUGAUAACAUAUAGGUGGUCAGUCCUUUUGUAUGGGAUGUGAGAGCUUGACGAAAUGUUGUGUUUAAGACGUCAUAGACUGAGAGGAAGGCAAAGGGACAGGUUGCUCCAGGUGGCUGGUUGUGAAAGAUUAUAAUGAGAACCAUCAGAAGAGAUAGUUGAGAUUUUUUGGCCACAUAAAUAAAUCAAAUGGACUAGAGAAAAUGUUAUUGUGUAGAAAGAUACUAGACAGCAGGCGACACCUCCUUCAAUCACAAAUAUGUCGAUUUCUCCUCAAGAUAUAUAUGAGUAUUAUAUUUUCAUCAAAAACAAGACAAAUGAACAAGCUGUAAGUUGAUACCAACAAGUCCAUGUGUCAAAACUUGAUGAGUUCCUGAUUCCUUUGUGUCGUGACACACACACACAUGCAGUUGAAUGUGCUCGCUCCAACAGCCACCUGCAUAAGACAAUCCUCCCUUACGUAUAUUAUUUUACAUUAUAUAUUGACCCUGUGUAAGACGGCCACCUGUGUAAGAUGGCGACUUUCUCCCCGGCGAUGGGUGGCCUGUCGUCUCCGACUGUGUCUUUAUGCUGCUGUCUCCCAGUUUUGAUUUUAUUAUACGUGUAUAUGUGUGUAUCAAGAUUUUGUUAUAUUUUAUACGAGUGUAUAGUUAUUUUGUUUCCCAGCACUGAGCAUAAUCCCGUAAAGUUAGCUUUGUCUGUGAUAUUUGGGUGGGGGUUUUUUUUGUUUUAAACUUUUUACUCAUUUUAAGGCGUGUUUGUACUUUUAUAAAAGACUUCUAACAGGACUUAUUUAAGAGAGUUUUGCACUCAUGACAUGUACAUGUAUUUGUAUAGAUAUAUACAUUUUACUUAUAUUUUUUCUAACAUAAUUUACUGGUUGCCAUAGUUUAGAGAUAACUGAAAGUAAAAUAUGGAUCUGUGCUAUAAUUUUUAUACAGAUAUAGGGGUUCAUCAAAUGUGAGAUGUUGGAAUGACCAAA